AUGCUCUGGGAUUACAUUUUUGUUGGCGGUGGCCUCUCCGCCUCUGUGGUGUCCAACCGCCUCCACCACUUCGACUCGUCUCUCAAAAUCCUUGUCAUAGAGGCCGGAGGCAACGCCAACAACGACGAGAGCGUCAUGUGGCCAAACUCAACCAAUCUCAUCGGCGGAGAGUACGACUGGAAGUACAAGACGGUCCCGCAGGUAGCCCUGAACAAUCGCAACGUUGACUUGCCUUGUGGCAAGGCACUUGGAGGCGGCACUGUUAUCAACUCAGGUGGCUGGAUCCGCGGGGACAAGUUUGACUUUGACCUCUGGGGCGACCUUGUUGGCGACCACCGCUGGUCGUAUGCUGGGCUUCUCCCCUACAUGAAACUCAGCGAGGACUGCCCCGUCGACAACCCCAAAGAGCACGGCAAAGACGGACCACUGCCUAUUCAGGGAAUUGUCUCGACCCACCGUGAAUUCCCACUCCGCAACCAGACUCUUGAAUCAUGGGAGGCACUUGGCGUUACCCAGCUUCCUAACAUUGACGGCAACGCUGGCAACCCUCUCGGUAUCGGCGAUCUCUUCGAGAACAAGCUCAAGGGACGCCGUGAAAUUGCGUCCAACAACUUCCCGCUCGGCGGCGUCACUGUCCUUACUAAAACCCUUGUCGCCAAGGUACUUCUGAGCACUCCCACUGCAUCCGGCCAGAAUCCCGAAGCCACUGGUGUCAAGCUCGCCAACGGAACUGAGAUCAAGGGGAAGGAGAUCAUCCUGUCCGCUGGCGCCAUCCGCACCGCCCAGCUACUCAUGCUCUCUGGGAUCGGACCAGCCGACGAGCUGAAAAAGUUCAACAUCCCCGUCCGCGUAUCACAACCCGACGUUGGCAAGAACUUCCAGGACCAUGGUCUCUUUGCAUCACUGUGGACAUUGAAGGACCCUUCGGCAGGAUAUACUGUUACAUCUCCCAACCCGCUAUGGAACCAACCACAAUACGGCUAUGGAACGCCAGCAGACUUUCUCGUCACAACUAGCAUCAAGGACAAGGCUGGAUUAGCCGUUGCUAUCGAAAAGGACGAGGGCAAGAAACCUGACCCCAAGACGCACCCUCUGCUCAAGACCGACCGCACUUUCAACGAGCAUGUCUUCAUGUACACUGGUACACCAGAUGGAACUACUGUUACCAUCAUGCUCAUUAACCUGCUGCCUACGUCGAAGGGUAGUGUCACUCUCAACUCUGCCGACAUCAAUGACGUUCCCAACAUCAAUCCCAACUAUCACUUUACCGAAGUCGACAAGUUUGUUGCCCGUGAGGGUAUGCGUCUUCAGAUUGAGUUCCUCUCCUCGAACAAGACCGCUCUCGGUCGGGACAUUAUCUCGGGAGAGUUGGGUGCUACAGGGUUUACCGAAACCUUUACGACAGAGUCUACUGAUGCAUAUAUUGAUUCCCGUAUCACGGCUGGCCUUGCGUCUACAUUCCAUCCCAUGGGAACUGCGGCUAUGGGCAAGGUGGUUGACACAAACCUUCGGGUGAAGGGAGUGAAGAAGCUUCGCAUUGUCGACACCUCUGUGUUCCCAGUGACAAUUACUGCACAUCUCCAAGUCGCUACAUAUGCUACUGCUUACCAGGCAGCAGAUAUUAUAUAUAAUACUAAAUGCUAA